AUGAAACGAACGAAACAUGUUCACAAAAAAAAGCCAUCCUUGAAAAGAAGAAUCCACAAAUAUUCGUCUGCUAAUAGUACUAGUGAAGAUGAUGCUUUUGGAGAUUACAAGGACACGUUUUAUUAUGAUCCAACAAUACCCCCAGAUCAAUUUUUGAAAAUUUUAUUUCAAAAUAAUUCUGGAGCAAUGUUAUCGAGUGAUUAUGUGGCUUAUCGAAUUUAUUUGAUUGACCCACAAGUGCAAUGCACGUUUAAUGAAGAUGAAGAAAUGUGUGAAGAGAUCAAUGAACAACUUUUGCAAUCGACGGCUCAGGAAAUUCAUCAAUUCUUUAUGGAGAAUAUCCCAAAAAAUUAUAUUUGGCAAGGAGAUGCCUUUCAUUUGAAUAUAAUAUCACCAAAACAACAAAUUGAACAGCUCGAACAAGAAAUGCUCUCUGUAUAUCGAAAUAAUCAACCAAUUUAUCCUCUUCUAUUUGGUAGAAUUGAUUACACAGAAACAAACAUUGAUGAAUGGUUUGUGACAUAUUUACUCAUGGAACUAAGUCAAAAAUUUCAAAACCGUGUGGUCAUUCAAAUACAGGAUCAAGAUGGUGAAUUUCUAUUAAUUGAGGCGGCUAUGCAUAUAGAAGAAUGGAUGAAUGAAGAUCCUCAGCUCACUCAAAAUCGAGUUUUUAUUUUCAAUGGUCACAUUCACAUUCUUCCAGAUCAACCACAAACUCCUUCACACUCUUACUAUGAGGUAUUUCCAGUUCAAUCACCCGUUCAAAAUAUUCACAAAGCAGUAGAAAUGGUUACUCGAGAGUACAAAUACACCAUAGCCAAUAAGGGAGUACAAAAUUCCAUCAAGGCAAGAUUGUCUUCCUUUCCAAAGGAAGCUCAUGAUUAUGGAACUCAAAGAAUUGCAUGUUUCCUACCAUUGGAUAUUAUCAAAAUUUUGGACCGACAUCCACAAUCCAUUUCGAAGGCCAUCUAUUACUGGGUUCAUCGAAAUAGUGUGACAGAGAAUUUUUUGAACACUUGUUCUCGAUUUUUUCCAUCCUCUCGAAAUCAGAAUUCUAAUGUGAAUUCCACUUCCUCAUCAAGUGAUGACUUGUCAACGAUUGCUCCACGUGACUAUUUUACCUAUGUGACCGUUCUUGUCAAUCGAUGUCAAUACGUUCAACUUUUAGCGUCCCGAAUGGAAAGUGUUCCAUCCAUUUUACAAUCGAUUUACAAACCAAAUGCAAAAAGAACCGAAGAACAAGAACAAGCUUACAUGUUUGGGUUGAAGAUUUUAUGUGGAUUUGAAAUUUAUUAUCAAACAGAGAAACCUUUGGAAUUAUUUGAAAACUUUGAAGAAUAUUUGGAACAUUUGGAUGAUCAUGGAUAUUUUGGAAUGGAAUUACCAGGCACUAAAAAUUAUAAUUUUCUCAUUCAAAAAGCAGAAAAUUAUUAUCGAAUGGAUUCCAUUUCACAAAAUGUUGAAAAAUGUUACUUUUUAGAACAAUUAAUUUAUGAAAAUCAAUAUUUAACAAUGAAAGAUCUAAAGCAACGAAAACUUAAAGUCGAUCCUGAUGAUUGGUUAGACUCUGCUCAAGAAGAAAUGGAAAAGUAUCUCACACAGAAAGGAAUGGUGAUGAAUGAAGAGGUUGAUGACGAAGAAAUUUUGAAACAAAAAGCAAUGGAUUUGAUGAAUGGUGUAAAAUCUUUUGUAGAGGGACAAAGUACUGGUUUUGAAGGAGUGGAAUUUAAUUGGUCUCAAGAAAAGACUUUCGAUGAAAAUUCUCGUGCAGAAGCCACAUCAACAUCUUCUCGACUCGACAAAUUAUUGCAAGAAACAUUUGGUAAACUCAAAAUUGAGGAUCUCAUCGAUAAGAAAGAUGAAGAAUAUUUGAAAAAGUUUUCAAAAGAGCUCUAUAGCGGUGAAGAGCUGGACGAUGAAGAGGACGAGUGGGAAGAUAUCGAAGAUAACAGAACCAUUGAUCCAGAAAUGCAAAAUGUUAUGAGAGAAAUGGACGAGGAGCUUCUGCAGUACAGUGACACUCAACAACGAUCUGAAAUGAUGAGCGAUGCUAAUGUCAUGAAGAAUCUUCUCAAAUCGAUGAAAGCACAGGGUGGCGACAUUGGUCCAGCCUCAAUACUUUUGGAACAAUUGGGAUUCAAAGUGCCAAUUGAUGAUGAGGAUGAAGAUGAUGAUGAGCAGGAGAGUGAUAACUAG